CAUUGGGUUACCAAAAUAAUGUCAUGGGGGGCAAUCUGAUAAACAGAACGAAUAAAUGCAGCAAAGCGCUAUCUCUCGCUAAAUAUGUGUUGUAUUACGAUCAUCCAUGGAGGAAAUCUUGAGCUGAUCAGUGCCUUUAAAAGGUAGAAUGGAUUCCACGUCCGUGAGCCUUUGGGUUCGAGCCGAGCCAUUUGAUUGUGGAGCAAUUCAUGUUCCCUUGCCUCCAAAAUUAACUCUGCAUAAUUUGCAUAAGCUGUCAAUUUACUCCCGAAGUAAAGGAAAGGCAGGAUAUCCCAAGAUAAGCUUCUCUCUAUGGAAACAUGUGGCCUGCAAUAAACUGGGUUUGAAAGAGGACCAGGCAUGGAUGUAUUUUGAAACUUUUGACAUGCUGAGUGACUCCAGCUUUAAAAAUACUCAACUAUGGGCCAAGCAGAGUUCCCAGUGUCGAACUCAAGCAGAAAUAGCUCAGCUAAGGAACCAAGUGUCCGUGCACCUUCUACAGUUUGUCAUUUUUCUUUUUAUUCAACAAAUUCACAAGAUCUCUUUCAAAGCAUCUCUUGUCUCUGGUGCAGAAGAAUGGCCAAUCCACUCAAGAUCCCCAGACCUGGAUCAUAAAGGAUCUGUUGCUGUUAAGAGUCUGGAUGAACAUGAUCACUUGACAUUUGUCCUUCAUCACCUGAAUGAGAUCCUUGAGCUUCUUAUGGAACCAGAUUCUGGAGGAGGUGAUUCAGCCGUCACUGAAUCCCAUCUUACCCUUGAGGCUGUUGAUGCUCUUGGCUUUUUGUUUAUCGGGACUACAGAUGGAAAAAAAAUACAGCAGCUGCAAGACCUCAGUCGGUUGCAGUCUGAAGUAAACAGAAGUGGCUACUCUAAGCUAUGCCGGUCGUUUUCAUUUCGUCAGUUUCAAACCUGGCUUAGGUCUACUCUUCAAAUAAAUCCAUAUGGGGUAUCUGAAGUGUUAUCCCAGGGCAAACAUAAAGGAGAUCAAAGCAUCCUAAGUCUCAGUGACACAUUUGAAGAGCUAAGCAUUGCUAAGCACAGUGAGCAAUGUGCCAGUAAGGAAUCUUCUAUCAAAGGCCGUAUCAUGACAAAUGUCAAUUUUGCCCCAGCAGUGCAGCGUCUGGUCAUAAUGUCACAGAUUUGCAAGCAGACUGUCGCAAAAGCCAGCGACACUUAUGCAGGGAGCAAUCUCAAGAUACAUAGAUGCCAUUACUCUUACAUCUACGUCCUGUGUCCAUUAAGGUCUGUGACAAUCACAAAAUGUCAUGAUUCCACCAUUGUCCUGGGAUGUGUUAAUACUGCAGUGAAUAUCAUUGGUUGUCAAAACGUACUAUUUAUAAUGAUCUCCAACCAAGUCUCUAUGAGUGCAUGUUUAAACUGCUCCUUUCACCUAUGUACCCCCACGAGGCCCCUCAUCUUGACAGGCAAUGAAGGGCUCACUCUAGCACCCUACCACACCUUCUACCCCAAACUAGAAGAGCACUUAAAAAGUCCCUGGGGAGUGGCUACCUUCCCCAAUGAGUGGAACAACCCCCUAUUGUUAGGAAAUGGACAUUCUGAGUACCUAGAUGAUAGUUCCUGUCCCGAAGUGUACCGUGAAAUGCCUCUAGAAGAUUUCUUUACAUUCAAUAUUCCGUUCAACAUGAAGGGCUCAACUGAUGGUUCGCCAAUUCCUUUACCUGAGAAAUACGAAAAUGCUCUUCAGGAUAGAGAAAAUAUCAUCAGCGGUUGGUAUCAAACGGUAAAGGACGCAUCUCUUAACAAACCCCAGAGGGCUCAGUUGCAGGGAAUUGUACAAAAGCGUUUUCAGGAUUGGUUGACAGAGAGUGGUAAUGGAAGUCAGCUAAAUGGUUUGGUGCCUCCUCACUCGAGCAAGUCAAGUACCUCAGAUCAUAGCAAACAUUGACAAGUCAAGUACAUCAGAUCAUAGCGACCAUUGACAAGCUGAUCGUUAUGUUAAGCGUCAAGUCAAGUAUCUCAGAUCUCAGCGAACAUUCAAGUAGCUCAGAUCCCAGCGAAAAUGCUCUUCAAAAGCAGAUCGCUACGUUGGAGCUCAGAUAUCAGCGAGCCUUGAUUCCACUAGCUUAUCGCCACCUGAAGCGUACUUGGGUGAUUAAUUCGAGGAUACUACUAUGUCUGUAAUUCCUUCUCCACUACUGGGAACUUUAUACGUCGAGCUUGCCACUAAGGACAGAACAGAGAGCUGAGUAGCGGUGCUGUCGUCAGACUGUCAUACCGUCCAUUGUGACUCAGGGCGUAUUCCCCAUUAUGACUAGGGCGUGUUCCCUUUUCCCUUUAAUUGAAGGGCGUGAGGACCUGUACGCUAUUACGGCACGGCGUACCUGCGACUUAGGUUAAUCGCCGAACUCACGCUCAUUAGUUUCGAUAAAAUCCAUUACGGCUUCUGUCAGUUUAAAGCCUUGUUUUCAUGGCCUGGCCUAUACGUAGAUGGCUACGUAGAUGACCUAUACGUAGAUGGCUACGUAGAUGACCUAUACGUAGAUGGCUACGUAGAUGACCUAUACGUAGAUGGCUACGUAGAUGACCUAUACGUAGAUGGCUACGUAGAUGACCUAUACGUAGAUGGCUACGUAGAUGACCUAUACGUAGAUGGCUACGUAGAUGACCUAUACGUAGAUGGCUACGUAGAUUACCUAUACGUAGAUGGCUACGUAGAUGGCUUUCAAUCACACCUCAUAGCAAUGUGUUGACCAAUCAGAGGACAAAAAUUAUGGUCUGUUACAAAUUGAUUGACUUAGUUAGAAGUGGUUUUAGCAUUUUGAAAACCUUGGCGAUAGUCUUAGAAUACUCUAAAUCGCAGUGGCCACAAAUGCUAGAAACACAAGAGAUCACAUGGAAACAUUGGGGACCAUCGACGUGCCCCCGACGCCCUCCCCGAGGGUAAAAUACAAAACGAAUAAUUUUAGUGAUAAGUGCCGAAACACUUAACCAUCUUUUCAUUGUCCCAUUUUUGUAAAACGAAAAGUCUAGCAAACCAUGCGCAAAAUCUUGUUAUAGGGAACCCCCCCUUUCUACAGUUAGACUCGCGUGAACACGUUCUGUUGGAAAUAAAGGACUUAAAAAAAUAA